UUAUUUAAUGUUUAUUUUGUUCGGUCAUCUAGGUUUAGUUAUGUUGUUUCUAUUGGGUUGUUUUAUAUUGAAUCUCUCCUUAAGACUAUAAAUAUUGAAAAUAUGAAUUUAGGAUAACACACGUCUAAUUUUUCAGUAAUUAUUUAAAUAUAAUAAAUUUAGAUAUUUUGUUUAUUUUGAAUUUUUUCAUUUGUUUGUAAUAGUAAAAGGUUACUUUAUAUUUCAUACUUACUUUUUUUGUUUUUUUUUUGUUUUUUGGUAAUUAUGAUAGAUGUUUAAUGUAAUAUUUAUAUUUCUUAUAUUGUAUAUUUAUUUAUUAUAUAUUUUACUUUAUAUUGUAUAUUUACUUUUUUUUUGUUUUUGUUUUUUUUGGUAAUUAUGCCACAUGUCUUCUUUUCAAAGAAAUUUUUUAUGAUGAUGUAGACACUCUAUGGAGCUUCAAAAAGUAUUUUUUAUUAGUAUAAAUGACGUGGUCGCUCUAUGGAUCAUCAAAAUGUACAUAUUAUUAAUAUAUCUUUUUAUUAUAUUGCAUAUUUACUUAUUUUGCUUUAUAUCAAAUGAUAGAAUUAUGAUAGAUGUUUAAUGUAUUAUUUCUAUUUUUUAUAUUAUAUAUUUAUUUGUUAUCUAUUUUACUUUAUAUUGUAUAUUUACUUUUUUUGUUUUUCGUUUUUUUUUGGUAAUUAUGUACUUUUAUAUCAAAUUUAAAUAUUAAAUAGAUGUUUAAUGUAAUAUUUCUAUAUCUUAUAUUGUAUAUUUACUUAUUACUUUUUAUUAUAACUUUUCAGAUAUACGUUUAAUGUAGCUUUUUCAAUUUUUUUAUUGUUAACUUUUAUGGUUAGUUUAAUAAAUGUUGUAAUAUUUCUCUUUUAAUAUACUAUAUAUGAUUAUCAAUUUAUUGUUUAUUUUUACAAGGCCUCAAGAAAAUCUCAAAUAUUGGCAAACGACAAACUGGAUUCUCCAAACUAAGCCCAACAAAGAAUUUACGUGGCCUUUACGCCAAUAAAGAAGUGGUCGGCGGAUUAAGAAACCUUUAAAAACCCUAACAUCGUAUAGUUAAUGACGGCGAAGACGAGGGAAAGUGAUAAAAAAGGCUCUUCUUCUUUAACCAACUUAGGUUUGAAUCAUAUGGCUUCAAAGAUUACUGCUAAAAAGAAUGAUGAUUUUGACUAUGAAAUCAUUGAAGGCGAGUCUAAGACCGCUUUAGCAGCAGCCGGCACGAGUCCUUGGAUUGAUUCUGCAACGUUGGAGCUUCGGCAUCGAAUUGGAAGAGGUCCCUUUGGUGAUGUUUGGCUAGCUACUCAUCAUCAGUCCACAAAGGACUAUGAAGUGGCCAUCAAAAUGCUUCAUCCCAUCAAUAAAGAUCAGAUGAGAGUUGUGGUAGAUAAGUUUAAGGAUUUGGUAUCCAAGUCUCAAGGGAUGGAGAAUGUUUGUCUCCUCCGAGGAGUCUCUAUCAUUAGUGGAAGGAUUUGCCUCGUCAUGAAAUUCUAUGAGGGCUGUGUUGGUGACAAGAUGGCUCGGCUUAAAGGAGGAAAGCUUUCAUUGUCUGAUGUAUUGAGAUAUGGGAUUGAUCUAGUUACAGGGAUUCUUGAGUUGCACGCAAAAGGGUUUCUGAUUCUCAAUCUCAAGCCCUCUAACUUUCUUCUCCUUGAUAACGACAAGGCCAUCCUAGGGGAUGUUGGAGUCCCUUAUCUACUUCAUAGUAUCCCUUUGCCAAGUUCUGAUAUGAUAAUGAGACUUGGAACUCCAAACUAUAUGGCUCCAGAACAGUGGCAACCUGAAGUAAGAGGUCCCAUGUCCUUUGAGACUGAUUCUUGGGGGUUUGGAUGCAGCAUUGUGGAAAUGCUCACUGAUGUACAACCUUGGAGUGGUAAAUCCAUCGAUGAAAUAUAUAACUUAGUGGUCAUGAAGAGAGAAAAGCUUACUAUCCCCAAUGCCAUACCGCCUCCUCUUGAGAAGCUACUUCAGGGUUGCUUUAUGUAUGAUAUUCGAAGCCGACCUUCUAUGACAGACAUCUUACACGUCUUGAAGAGGUUGCAGAACUCAGAGGAGGAAGAGUUCUGGUCCUUCUGGAGAGGCAUUGAUAGUAGAGAAAUCAGGAAGAGCUCAGCUAAUCUCGGCUAUACAGAAUGGUUCCUUUCUAAGGAUCAUCUACAAGUAGGGGACACAGUGCGUUCAAGAAAGCCUGCCAAUUCGUGUAAGCAUGAGAACAUGGAUGUGCCAGAAGGAAAGGUGGUUGGUUUAGAACGUGACACAACCGACUCAGAUGGGUUUGCUCUGGUUAAAGUCCAUGGUGUUCAUGAUCCGUUAAGGGUUCACGUAUCUGUUCUUGAAAGGGUAACUAAAGACUUGGCUUCUGGAGAUUGGGUACGUCUGAAGUAUGUAGGAGUAGCAGACAAGAGGUGUUCUCCAGUUGGCAUUGUCCAUUCAAUCAACCGUGAGGGAAUUGUAGCUGUUGGGUUUAUUGGGUUGCCAACUCUCUGGAGAGGGACUUCAUCACAGCUUCAGAUGGCUAAAGGAUACAGUGUUGGUCAGUUUGUGAAGAUCAAAGCCUUUGUUGUCACCCCAAGAUUCAAAUGGAUACGUAAAGAUAGAGGAGUUUGGGCAACUGGCAGAAUCUCUCAUGUUUUACCAAACGGUUGUCUCGAGGUGGAGUUCCCUGGAGCGUUGCCUUUUGGACAGGAACAUGGAAGCUGUCUUGCUGAUCCGGCUGAAGUAGAGGUUGUGGAUUUUAGUACUUUUGAAGGAGUUGUGGAGAAAUAUCAGCAUCUUGAGGACUUUCACUGGGCUGUGAGACCUUUACUGGUUGCCGUGGGUGUAUUGACAGCAAUGACGUUAGGAGGGUUAUUGGUUGGGAAGAAAGUGGGAAGAUCAAAGGAUAUCAAACAGCGAGUUGGCUCGAGUAGACUAUGCAAUUGUCAGAUUCCUAAUGGUCAGGACAGGGCCGGUCCUGACCGUAAGGUCUCUCGCAAAUCUAAAUCUAAAUCUAAAUCUAAAUCUAAAUCUAAAUCUAAAUGGUUUUUUUAAGUUUUAGUGUUUAAGGGUGUGGUUAGGUUUUGUGUCUCAAACAUGGUCUAGUUAGUAAUGGAUACAUGGGUUUAUUAUAUGAGAUGAUAACAUUUUCUUUUUCUUGUUAACUUAAUAAGACUUUCUAGUAUUAUGUUUGA